UCUAUAAAAACAAACAAUCACAUAACAGAAAAACACAAACAAGCAAAACAAAAACUAUAGCUAGCUAGAUUCUCACCAACAGAAUCUCUUUAAUUAUUACUAAGAUGGAUAAAAAAAAUGAAACUGUUCCUUCACAUUCAUCCUUAAACAUAGAAACACCACCAACAACAACAAGUACCACCAACAAAAGUACAAAUGGCAUUGGAAGCCUCAUAAAACUACUUCCAACAGGAACAGUUUUCUUGUUCCAAUUCCUAAACCCUGUUGUUACAAACAGUGGUCAGUGCAAAGCAAUCAAUAAGUACCUAAGUUCAAUUCUUCUUGCAAUAUGCGGUUUCAAUUGCUUCUUUUCUACUUUCACAGAUAGCUACACAGGUACUGAUAACAAAAGACACUAUGGAUUUGUGACACCCAAAGGAUUAUGGCCUUCAGAGGCGUCGAAUUCAAUCGAUUUAUCGAAGUAUAAGCUUAAAGUUAGUGACUUUGUUCAUGCUGUUCUGGUCUUGAUUAUUUUUGCAAUGUUGGGUCUUCUUGAUACAAACACUGUACUAUGUUUUUACCCUUCUUUUGUGAAAACUCAGAAAACUCUUCUUCAAGUCAUGCCUGUAGCUAUUGGAGUUGUUGUUGGAUGGGUGUUUAUGGUUUUUCCACAACAAAGACAUGGAAUUGGUUACCCUCCUAGUACUGAUUCUACUGAAGCCUCGUCUAGAAUAUCCAAUGAUACCACAGAAUCUCCCCAAAAUCCAAUCAAUAAUGUUUAAUAUACACAAAAUUAGUGUGUCUGUCAAGUUGAUAAUUAAUUUGCUUUUCAUUUUGUAUUGGUGUGAGUAAUUCUUGUGUAAAACCAUAGUACACAAUCAUAUAAAUUCUUGUGUUUUUUAUUUUUA